GCUUGCACGAGCUUGACUGGCAGCGAGCAACAAUGCAGGUACACCACCCUUCAUCGUCAGUGCGUGCCGCGGUAGGCAAAGCUCGAUAUAGAAGAUGCUGGCAUCCAGGGUGAGACCAUUGGUCUCCCGGUCAGGCAGAUUCACCAUACCAUUACGCGCGGCGUACUCGAGCGCAGCCGGGAAGAGCCAUGAGUAUAUCAAGGUCUCUACGCCGCGGCCGGGCGUCGGUCUCAUCGAGCUCCACCGCCCCAAAGCUCUCAACGCCCUCUUCACGCCUCUCAUCCUCGAACUCAACGCUGCCCUCAGAACCUUCGACAAAGACCACUCCAUCGGCGCCAUCGUGUUGACCGGCUCCCACAAGGCCUUCGCCGCGGGCGCAGACAUUAAGGAAAUGGCCACAAAGGAGUUUGCGGACGCUUACGGCGACGACUUUAUCGAAUCAUGGUCCGAGCUCCCCAAUACCAUCAAGAAGCCCGUCAUCAGCGCCGUCAAUGGUCACGCUUUGGGUGGCGGGUGUGAGUUGGCGAUGAUGUGCGAUAUACUCUACUGCAGCGAAAAAGCGAAUUUCGGACAGCCAGAGGUCAAGCUCGGCAUCAUACCCGGUGCGGGCGGAUCGCAGAGGUUGACGAGAGCGAUUGGGAAAAGUAGGGCUAUGGAGCUCAUUCUUACCGGUAAGAACUUUAGUGGCAAGGAUGCUUACGAUUGGGGGCUUGCAGCGCGGGUGUUUGAGACGCCGGAAGCGUGUGUUGAGGGUGCGCUGGAGACGGCGGAGACGAUCGCGGGAUACAGUCGCAUCGCGGUGAAGGCGUGUAAGGAGGUGGUGAACAAGAGCCAGGAUCUUGGGGUUAGGGAGGGUGUGGAGUUUGAGCGGAGGGUGUUCCAUGGGUUGUUUGGGAGCGAGGAUCAGAAGAUCGGGAUGACGGCGUUUGCGGAGAAGAGGAAGGCGGAGUGGAAACAUAGGUAGAUGCGAGGAGGCUGUCAGUAAAAACAUGCUGUGCUGCUUGGCUGUCAAAUUGCGUCCAAGACGGUCUAGUCUUGCUUCCUGAAACCGAGAUCCAGGUGGUCCGCAGUCCCUGUCUCUUGGUUCGUGACCUGUUGCGCACCGCUGACACUCUUGCUUUCGGUUGUCGCGCCGCCUUCUGUGUAAGAGCGUCUCGAGUCAGCAUGGCGAAUCCCUUCCAUGUUACUGCAGAAAUACCGUACUCUUUGGAUUCGCGAAUUGGCCCAACGACGUACUGGCGUCAUCAGCCUUCUUCUGCGAGCUCCCUCUUGUAUCAGAG